AUGGUAGAUGCUAUAGCUGCAAUUGGUCUUGGGUAUAAAAUCCCAACUUACCAUAAUUUGUGUGUAAAUUUAUUGAGAGAUGCUAGGAAAGAAGUGCAAUUACUUGUUGAUGGUUACAAGAAAACUUGGGAGGAUGUUGGAUGUACUUUAAUGGCUGAUGGUUGGACAGAUAAUUCACAUAGGUUGUUGAUUAAUUUUCUAGUGUACUGUCCUAAAGGAGUGUGUUUUGUGAAAUCAGUGGAUGCUUCAGAUGUUGUAAAGGAUGCUGCAACAUUGUUUGGCUUGUUUGAGGAAAUAGCUUUAUGGGUUGGACCAAACAAUAUUAUCCAUCUUGUCACUGACAAUGGAGCAAAUUAUAAAGCUGCUAGAAGAAUGUUGUCUGAAAAAUAUAGCAGUAUUACUUGGUCUCCUUGUGCAGCACAUUGCAUUAAUUUGAUGUUGAAAGACAUAGAAGAGAUGAGUCAUAUAGUCAACCUUUCAACACGUGUAUCUGAGGUUACAAAGUUUGUGUAUAAUCAUUCCUUUAUGCUAUCUUUGCUGAGGAAAAAACAGGGUUGGACAGAAAUUAUACGCCUAGGUGCAACCUGUUUUGCCACAACUUUCAUUGCAUUGAGCAGCCUACAUCAGCACAAACAUGACUUGCAAUCUAUAGUGACAGAUAGAACUUUUGUGGAGUCUUGA